AUGACAAGGAUACUGGAGGUGCUAUUAGCAGAGGUAGAAGCUAGAGAGAGGGCCUCCCUGCCUAAGACUAAACAGAGUGGUUUUACACCAAAGCGUGGAAGGGAUUUUCACACUACUGCCACUUUUACUGGAGGUAGCCAGAGUGGUUGCUGCUUUUGCCAGCAAGAGGACCACACACCUGCCCAGUGUACUAAGGUCACUGGAAUUGAUGAGAGAAAGCAAAUGAUUAGAGAGCAGGGCAGAUGCUUUGUUUGCCUCCGCCCCGGUCACAUUAGUAAGCACUGUCGCUCUUCAAUGAGCUAUGCUACUUGUAGAGGGAGACAUCACUCUAGUGUAUGUAUGAGGAACUCAAAGCCUAAAUCAGGCCAGAGGCCUCCUACUGCUAGAGAUGGUGCUUCCCCACAUUUGUCUAAGGGGCUUAAUCCAGAGACCCCUCCAUUUGAAGGAUCAAAUACAGGUGCCACAUUCUAUACUAGUUCUAGAGAGUCUACUCUCUUGCAAGUGGCACGCGUCUUUGCCUUCAAUCUAAAUGAGCCUGGUAAUAGAAUGUCUUUAUAUGUCCUAUUGGACAGUGGGAGCCAGUGCUCAUAUAUUACUCGAAGUGCAUGCCAGAGGUUGGGAUUGCCAUCUCUGGGCACUAAAUCAGUUUCUAUAAUGACCUUUGGGUCUAGAAAGGAGUGUCGUACUCAAUGCCAUGUUGUAAAACUGGGUCUUGAGCUUAAAAAUAAUGCUCAUAUGGAGCUUAAGCUGCUCACAGUUAGCCACAUUUGUGAGCCUUUGACGUAUGAAGCCAUAGAUUGGAAUAAGUAUCCUCAUCUGAAUAAUUUGGACUUUUCUAUUCCAUUGGAUCAUUGCAAGCAGAUAAAGCCAGACAUCUUAAUUGGAUCUGACCAGUAUUGGUCUCUACUUACAAGUGAGAUAAUGAAGAGUAACAAUGGACCUGUUGCUCUAAACUCAUGCUUUGGCUGGAUUUUAUCUGGUACUGCUGCUGUGAAACAGUCUAGUGCACGGAGUGCUACUAUGGUCACCCAUGUUUUAAGGGUUGAUGGUGUCCAUGAAGACAUGAGCCUAGAACAUAGAUUACGUUCAUUUUGGGAGCUAGAAUCUUUAGGAAUUUUGGAAGAUGAGAAUUUAGUGCAAACUCAAUUUGGUGAUCAUGUGAAGUUUGCUAAUGGUAAGUAUGUUGUUUCCCUGCCUUGGAAAGACUCUUGCAUUUCUCUUGCUGAUAACUAUCAGCUUUGUUUACGUCGAUUGAGUGGUUUGUUUAAGCGCCUGAAGAGGUCUCCUGAGUUAUUGAAGAAAUAUGAUGAUAUCAUUAGAGAGCAACUAGCCUUGGGAAUUAUUGUCCCUGUUGAGAACUCUGAAGAAUUCAGUGUGGCUCGUAUACACUAUUUACCGCAUCAUUGUGUGUUGAGACAGGAUAAGUCUACUACAAAAUUAAGAAUUGUAUACGAUGCCUCUGCUAAGACUAACGGUCCAUCAUUGAAUAAUUGCCUCCAUAUAGGACCUUCAUUGCAUCAAAAGGUUUUUGAUAUUCUUUUGAGAUUUAGGAUGUGGCCUAUUGCUAUUGUGGCUGAUAUAGAGAAAGCCUUUCUUAUGAUUCAGGUGGCAGAUGUAGAUCGGGAUGUUUUGCGUUUUCUGUGGUACAAAGAUGUUUUUUGUGAGAAUCCUGAGCUUCAGAUUUAUAAGUUCACACGUGUGGUGUAUGGUGUAGCUCCAAGCCCAUUCCUUCUCAAUGCCACCAUUGCUAAGCACUUAAGCACCUUUGAGUCGAGGUAUCCAGAUCUUAUUCAGAAGAUUAAAGACUCUAUUUAUGUGGACCAUGUCAUAACUGGUGUUGAUAAUGUUUCUGAAGCAUUUUCUCUUUAUAAAGAUUCAAAAGAUAUAUUUGCCAAAGGAGGAUUUAAUUUAAGAAAGUUUUUGAGCAAUAAUGCAGAAGUACAGAGUCUAAUUGACUCAGCAGAGCAAGGUAUUGUUCUUGAAGGAGAUGAGCAUGAGACUUAUGCUCAGAGUACUUUAGGGAGAGUUAACUCUGCUCUGGGAAGUGAGCAGAAAGUUCUGGGUGUCCUGUGGGAUCCUAUUGCUGAUGAGAUCAACAUUGAUCUUACUCUUAUUUUUCAUGAAGCAAAGAGACUUGAGCCCACUAAGCGUAAGCUAGUCAGUGUGAUUAGUAAGAUAUAUGAUCCUAUGGGGCUCAUCUCUCCUGUUAUAGUCAGUUUUAAGAUGCUUUUUCAAGGCUUGUGUAAUCAUAAGAUUGGAUGGGAUGAUUCUUCGCCUGAGCCACUAUUGCUUAAGUGGAAGCAACUCCUUACAGGCCUUGAAGCCCAGCCAUUGAGACUGGCACGUUACUGCACUACUAGUGAUUUAAGUAGUAAAUCCAGAUUGAUAGGGUUCUGUGAUGCUUCAUUGAAGGCCUAUGCAGCUGUAGUAUAUUUGGAGAAUUGUGAUAAAGAGCUUGUGCUAUUGGCCUCAAAGACUAGAGUCUCUCCUUCUGAAGAGUCAGACUGUUCCCAGACUGGAACUCUUGGGAGCUGUCCUUUUGGCUAG